CCGCUGGCCUCUCCAGAUGGGGAGCACGGCCUGAGAGGGGGCGGCUGCCACCACGCCAGGGUGAGGUCCUCCGGAGCCGCACAGGUCUGACGGGCUCGCGAUGCCCAGAGAAUCGUGCACAGGAACUUGUGUCACAUCGAGACACAUCUAGACACAUCCACCAGACACUUCUCCUCCCCAGUCGGCCUGACCUGUUGCUUAGGGACACGUCCCACGGCUUCUCCUGACGUCUGCCUGAUCAACCAUCACUUCCUAGAUAACAAGGAGGAAGGCAGACGCAGGAAAUCAUGCCACUGAUGGCCGGACGGCAGUGAGUGGGUGACGCCGAGUUGACGUCAAAGACGGAGAAGACGAACCCAAGAGCAGCUCAUUCCUGAGACUCCUGGAGGCACGAGCCCCCAGCUUUUCCUCUCGGCACAGCGUGCAGCCUGGCUCCUCCUGCUGAAAACAUCUUGGCUUGACGUAUUUUAAGUCUUCGGACCCCUGGACACUAGACACCAUGGAGAAUCAGGUGUUCAGUGUUCAGCAGAUCCAACCCAACGUCAUUUCUGUCCGCCUCUUCAAGCGCAGGGUGGGGGGCCUGGGCUUCCUGGUGAAAGAGCGGGUGAGCAAGCCGCCCGUGAUCAUCUCUGACCUGAUCCGAGGGGGCGCCGCGGAGCAGAGCGGCCUCAUCCAGGCCGGCGACAUCAUCCUCGCUGUCAACGGCCAGCCCUUGGUGGACCUGAGCUAUGACAGUGCCCUGGAGAUGCUCAGGGGCAUCGCCUCUGAGACCCACGUGGUCCUCAUUCUGAGGGGCCCUGAGGGCUUCACCACUCACCUGGAGACCACCUUCACCGGGGACGGGACCCCCAAAACCAUCCGGGUGACACGGCCCCUGGGUCCCCCCACCACAGCUGUCGAUCUGUCUCACCAGUCAUCGGCCGGCAAAGAGCACACACCGCCAGUGGACGGGGCCGCGGGUCCUGGCAAUGGGCCACAGCAUACCCAGGACAGUGGGCAGGAAGCUGGCUCACUCUCAAAUACCAACGGCCUGGCUCCCAGACACCCUGGCCAGGACCCUACCAAGAAAAGUGCCGGGGUGGCCCCCCAGGACGGCCAGAACAGUGAACUGCUCAAGGAGAUAGAGCCUGUGCUGAGCCUUCUCGCCAGUGGGAGCAAAGGGAUCAAUGGAGCGGGACCUUCCAAGGCAGAGACAAAAGAUGUGGAAGUCCAGGUGGACAGAGGUGUGGAUGGCAAGUCCCACAAACCGCUGCCCUUGGGCGUGGAGAAUGACCGAGUCUUCAGUGACCUGUGGGGGAAGGGCCAUGUGCCCGUCGUCCUCAACAACCCGUAUUCAGAGAAGGAGCAGCCCCCUGCCUCGGGAAAACAGUCUCCCACAAAGAAUGGCAGCCCCUCCAAGUGCCCCCGCUUUCUUAAGGUCAAGAACUGGGAGACCGACGUGGUUCUCACCGACACCCUUCACCUUAAGAGCACACUGGAAACGGGCUGCACCGAGCACAUCUGUAUGGGCUCCAUCAUGCUCCCUUCUCAGCAAAUACGAAGGCCUGAAGAUGUCCGCACAAAAGAACAGCUCUUCCCUCUUGCCAAAGAGUUCAUUGAUCAGUACUACUCGUCAAUUAAAAGAUUUGGCUCCAAAGCCCACACAGAGAGGCUGGAAGAGGUGAACAAAGAGAUCGAGACCACCGGCACCUACCAGCUCAAAGACACGGAGCUCAUCUACGGGGCGAAGCACGCCUGGCGGAAUGCCUCCCGCUGCGUUGGCAGGAUCCAGUGGUCCAAGCUGCAGGUGUUCGAUGCCCGAGACUGCACCACGGCUCACGGGAUGUUCAACUACAUCUGUAACCACAUCAAGUACGCCACCAACAAAGGGAACCUCAGGUCUGCCAUCACCAUAUUUCCGCAGAGGACUGACGGCAAGCACGAUUUCCGAGUCUGGAACUCUCAGCUCAUCCGCUACGCCGGCUACAAGCAGCCUGACGGCUCCAUCCUAGGGGACCCAGCCAAUGUGGAAUUCACAGAGAUCUGCGUACAGCAGGGCUGGAAACCCCCAAGGGGCCGCUUCGAUGUCCUGCCACUCCUGCUCCAGGCCAACGGCAAUGACCCCGAGCUCUUCCAGAUUCCUCCAGAGCUGGUGUUGGAAGUGCCCAUCAGACACCCCAAGUUUGAGUGGUUCAAGGAUCUGGGCCUCAAGUGGUACGGCCUCCCCGCUGUGUCUAAUAUGCUGCUGGAGAUCGGCGGCCUGGAGUUCAGCGCCUGCCCCUUCAGUGGCUGGUACAUGGGCACAGAGAUCGGCGUUCGCGACUACUGUGACAACUCUCGAUACAACAUCCUGGAGGAAGUGGCCAAGAAGAUGAACUUGGAUAUGAGGAAGACAUCCUCCCUGUGGAAGGACCAGGCGCUGGUGGAAAUCAACAUUGCUGUUCUCUACAGCUUCCAGACUGACAAAGUGACCAUCGUUGACCACCACUCUGCCACCGAGUCCUUCAUUAAGCACAUGGAGAAUGAAUACCGCUGCCGGGGGGGCUGCCCCGCUGACUGGGUGUGGAUCGUGCCCCCCAUGUCUGGCAGCAUCACCCCGGUCUUCCACCAGGAGAUGCUCAACUACCGGCUCACCCCCUCCUUCGAAUACCAGCCUGAGCCUUGGAACACCCACGUGUGGAAAGGUACCAAUGGGACCCCCACAAAGCGGCGAGCCAUCGGCUUCAAGAAGCUGGCGGAAGCCGUCAAGUUCUCGGCCAAGCUCAUGGGGCAGGCAAUGGCCAAGAGGGUCAAGGCAACCAUCCUUUAUGCCACAGAGACGGGCAAGUCGCAGGCCUAUGCUAAAACCUUGUGCGAGAUCUUCAAACAUGCCUUUGAUGCCAAGGUGAUGUCCAUGGAAGAAUAUGACAUUGUACACCUGGAACAUGAAACUCUGGUCCUGGUGGUUACCAGCACUUUUGGCAAUGGAGACCCCCCUGAGAAUGGGGAGAAAUUCGGCUGUGCUUUGAUGGAAAUGAGACACCCCAACUCCGUGCAUGAGGAAAGGAAGUACCCGGAACCCUUGCGUUUCUUUCCCCGUAAAGGGCCUCCCCUCCCCCAAGGUGACCCAGGAGUUCGUGGUCUGGCUGCAGCCCGUGACAACCAGCAGAGGAGCUACAAGGUCCGAUUCAAUAGCGUUUCCUCGUGUUCUGACUCCCAUAAAUCGUCGGGUGAUGGGCCAGACCUCAGAGACAACUUUGAGAGCGCUGGACCCCUGGCAAAUGUGAGGUUCUCUGUGUUUGGCCUUGGCUCCCGUGCUUACCCGCACUUCUGUGCCUUUGGACAUGCUGUGGACACCCUCCUGGAGGAGCUGGGAGGAGAGAGGAUCCUGAAGAUGAGGGAAGGGGAUGAGCUCUGUGGGCAGGAAGAGGCUUUCAGGACCUGGGCCAAGAAGGUCUUCAAGGCAGCCUGUGAUGUGUUCUGUGUGGGAGAUGACGUCAACAUCGAGAAGGCCAACAACUCCCUCAUCAGCAAUGACCGCAGCUGGAAGAGGAACAAAUUCCGCCUCACCUACAUGGCCGAAGCUCCAGAACUUACACAAGGUCUGUCCACUGUCCACAAAAAGCGGGUCUCAGCUGCUCGACUCCUCAGCCGUCAGAACCUUCAGAGCCCUAAAUCCAGCCGAUCAACCAUCUUCGUGCGUCUCCACACCAACGGGAAUCAGGAGCUCCAGUACCAGCCUGGGGACCACCUGGGCGUCUUCCCAGGCAACCGCGAGGACCUCGUGAACGCCCUGAUCGAGCGGCUGGAGGACGCACCCCCGGUCAACCAGCUGGUGAAGGUGGAGCUGCUGGAGGAGCGGAACACGGCUUUGGGAGUUAUCAGUAACUGGACAGAUGAGCACCGCCUCCCGCCCUGCACCAUCUUCCAGGCCUUCAAGUAUUACCUGGACAUCACCACGCCGCCAACGCCACUGCAGCUGCAGCAGUUUGCCUCCCUGGCCACCAGCGAGAAAGAGAAGCAGCGUCUGCUGGUCCUCAGCAGGGGUUUGCAGGAGUACGAGGAAUGGAAAUGGGGCAAGAACCCCACCAUCGUGGAGGUGCUGGAGGAGUUCCCGUCCAUCCAGAUGCCCUCCACCCUGCUCCUGACCCAGCUGUCCCUGCUGCAGCCCCGCUACUAUUCCAUCAGCUCCUCCCCAGACAUGUACCCCGACGAGGUGCACCUCACCGUGGCCAUCGUCUCCUACCGCACCCGAGAUGGAGAAGGACCAAUUCACCACGGCGUGUGCUCCUCCUGGCUCAACCGGGUACAGGCUGACGAAGUGGUCCCGUGUUUUGUGAGAGGAGCACCCAGCUUCCACCUGCCCCGAAACCCCCAAGUGCCCUGCAUCCUCGUUGGCCCAGGCACUGGCAUUGCCCCUUUCCGAAGCUUCUGGCAGCAGCGGCAAUUUGAUAUCCAACACAAAGGGAUGAGCCCCUGCCCCAUGGUCCUGGUGUUCGGGUGCCGGCAAUCCAAGAUAGACCACAUCUACAGGGAGGAGACGCUCCAGGCCAAGAACAAGGGGGUCUUCAGAGAACUGUACACGGCCUACUCCCGGGAGCCAGACAAACCAAAGAAGUACGUGCAGGACGUCCUGCAGGAGCAGCUGGCAGAACCGGUGUACCGAGCCCUGAAGGAGCAAGGGGGCCACAUCUAUGUCUGCGGGGAUGUCACCAUGGCUGCCGACGUCCUCAAAGCCAUCCAGCGCAUCAUGACCCAGCAGGGGAAACUCUCAGCGGAGGAUGCAGGCGUGUUCAUCAGCAGGCUGAGGGAUGACAACCGGUACCACGAGGAUAUUUUCGGGGUCACCCUGCGAACGUAUGAAGUGACCAACCGCCUUAGAUCUGAAUCCAUUGCCUUCAUUGAGGAGAGCAAAAAAGACACUGACGAGGUUUUCAGCUCCUAACUGGAUCCUCUUGCCCAGACGGAUGGCAGGGGGGCCGUCCCAUGCGCCCCGGCGGGGCGGCUGCAGGUUUUAUAAGCGUGGACACUGCUGAACCUUCCCUCCAGGACCCCACGUGGCCCCCGCUGUCCCUCUCGUCCUGUCGCUGUGGUUUUUCCUCUUCUGGGUCCUCGCCCCUCGGUGGUUUCCUUGGCCCUCUUGGGUUUUCUCCUUGAGUUGUCCUGCUGCAAUGCCUUUAUAAUCCACAGUGGCUCUCACAAAACUGUUUCCCCCUCUCUCUCUUCCUGACAAGGGCAGAUCACCGGUGCGUGAUAUCACUGGAACGUGGCCGUUGCUCUGGGGUUCCCCCGGAGAGGCUGCAGGGACCGGUCAGGAGAUUCUCUGAGCCCGUGUCUCUGCUGCUGAAGCCCCCCUUCUCCUUUUUUAUGAUGACGUCCUGGUUGUGUGUGGGUGUGGGUGUGUGUGUACGCAUGUGACAGGCCUGGGUCUCCGUCUGUCCUCUUGCCUGUGCAAGCGUGUGGCCUGUAGGCUCUCAGUGCUAAGAACUGUCCCCUGGUUCAUCACACGUCCGUAAUUUCUAUCUGUGCUCGUGUCCCUGAAACACUUGGAGUCACCCUCGUUGUCCUGGUUACAAAGGGCAGGGAGAAGCAAGUGUGAUGAUUAAGGGGGGAGGCUCCAUCAAAAAAGGGGCUCACAGAAUUGGUCGCAUUUAGAUCCUGGUAUCAGUUAGCGGAGCCCUCCCCAGGAAACGAACCCAUCUCCUGUGGAUUAAGCACAUCUCCUCCCCAACCCUACCUCCCACCCCAGACAGGAUCACCUGAUUUGGCCCUCCCGGACCAUCCCACCCACAAGACGGGGAAGUAAUGUCCCAAGAAGUAUGCAAGAAAUAAGAAUCAUCCCAUCUUUGCCACUAGGUGACUUUGGGCAAAUUACUUGUCCUCGGCUUCUCCUUGUAAUGUUAUGAAGCGAAAAAAGUACGAAUACAUAAGCCUUUAAAGUGGUAGAGACUAGAAACAGUACAAGGAAGAAUAUCACUGCUAUUUUUUUAUUGCCCCAAAUGGGGCUGGCCCUUCCACCCUAGGAAGGAAAUAGCAGAAUGCCGUUAAAGCGGAUAGGUUGGAGAGGGAAGCCAUAAUGAGGCACCACGCGGCUUCCUCGACAGGACCACAACCCAGGGUGGCCUGGCCCUCAUGAUCCUGGCCUUCUAAAAGUGAUCCCCCAAGUUUCUAGCCUGAUAAACUAUUUUGACAAAUAAAUGAACCUUGACUGUGAUAAAAAAUGGGCAACACAGUUUUCAGUGGGAAUCAGGGUCAAUACAGUCCUCCCUCUCCCCUCCCCCACCCCAGCAGGCAAUGGGCUGCACCCACCUUGUCAGGAUGAAUGGGCUCAGAGGGUCCCUCUCUCCCCGGGAAUGCUCAAAAUCAGGCGAAGGCCUGGAGAGAGCCGAGAAAUUGCUGGAGGGGCCUGCCCUACCCCUACCCCCCCACACCACCCCCCCUUCGGGUUGGAGGGUAAGCAUUCCUCAAGUGAGUUCUUCUGUUUUGUUGUGUUCUGUGUUCUCCUCCAGAGAGACAGCAUUGCCUUUCUAUACAGCACAAUGGAUAUUUCUUGAUGCUCCGUUCGGGGGGCUGCCAAAGAGAAAGUGCCCUGGCCCUCUCUGGAAGGGCCUUAGGACGCGGUGUGCCAAAGAGGUGUCCCCAGGAGGGGACAACCUCCGAGAUUCUUAAAGGCAAAAGGCACACUGGACCUCACCUUUCCCCACCUUCCACGGCAGCCCCCCUCCCUCUGGGUCCCAUCCUCCCUGAGUGCGGAGCUGGGCUGCCUCCAAUUAACACCUCCCAGCCUUCCUUUAAUCCUAUUUUCCCUGGCUGGGGCUUCCACAGCUAGGAGACCAAGCACAAGCACUCGGCAUGCUACCCCCCCACACACACCUAGCCCCCCACCUUAUCCAACCUGGAACUCCAGAGGCCCAUUGUAUACACAGUUCUGGCUCCUAGCAGCCUUCCCCCCAGGGGCUUUCUUGCAACCCUUUGAGCCCUUUGGAGAUACUGGCUAAGGUGUCCCUUGCUCCACAGACCCUGAACUGCAGCGUCCGACCUCGUUCAAGGAGGGACUCAUCAGUGCUUCCCUCUCCAGACCAAGCUCUCUGUGCAAGUGCUUUUCCAUCCCCGAGCAAGUGCUUGUGUGCACUUCCUGUGUGCCGGGCACCCCCUUCACGCGCCCCUGCCCCUCCAGUAGCAGGCCUGCAGAUGGAAGCAUCCUCUCGUUGUAUCAGAGAGUCCAAAGCAGUGAUUAUAGAAUUGGGAUGCAUAUUUCUUCCCAAGAAGGAUUUUUGUUUUUAAAGAAAACGCCUUUCCACACCCAACAGCAAGCUGCUUCAGGACUCCCCGCUAGAAGACUGGAGACUGGUCUGAUGUAUUUCUCUCAUUUGCCAGAAUCCCUGUUAGGAAGAGCCUCCCUGUAAGGAGCAUACUAUCAAGAGACAAGAGUGUGGAGUCCUGGUUGAGGGUUUAGCUCUAUCCAGGGUGGGUAAAUGCUGCCCUCUUGUGGUGGUUUUUACUCCAGUCCUGGUAGCCAAAUCUGGGUGCAAAAUUUGGUUUCACAAUACGUGAGCGGAAAAAUAGGAUUGCUUGGGCAUUUGGGGGUUACCUAGAUUAUAGGCCUUUCUGUCCCUCUCCCCCUUGAACUGGCCUGCAGUGGGGCUCCAAGCCCAUUUAACAAAAGUGAGUUUGGCCAGGAGGAAGGAGACAUCCCCCACCACAGGAGAAGCUGAAAUGGCCAUGCCCCCCAUUCAUCAUUAUGAAGCCAAUGCCCUCCCCUUAUGUUAGGAAAAAAGCAGAGGUAAUUAAACUCCCUGAGCAGAGGACUGUUUUCUCGGAGUGAGACAGCCAGGUAUCCUGUUCAGGGAAAUGCUUCAGAUCCACCAAAAUGGAGAUUUUGGGAGCAGCCUUAGUCCAAAUGCUAACUCUCCCCCUCUCCCCCCCCCACCCGUUUCCGCAGACAGCCCUGGGCUGGUGAUGUAACCUUUCUGAGUCUAUAUAUCCACUUACAUAGCAAAGUGAGUUUAAUGAGAUAAUGCCCAUAAAAUGGCCAGUCACACUACCUGGCCCAUUGAAGCUUUCACAUUUUAUCUUUCUACUUCACCAAUACCUGUAUGCGGAAGGCAGAGUGGAGCGUAUGGACCCAAGAACAGUUUCUUUUUGUAGACAAUGAGAAUCUCGUACGUAGACACACAAUUCUUAGAAUCGACAUAAAUGCCUGGGGUUUGAGAAAUGGGCGGGUUCCACCUGCAGGUUUGCGGGGGAUAAGAUUUCCAGGAAGGAGGAAGUGAGGGAGGAACGGCACACAUGGCGAGCAUGUUGCAGAAAAGGGGGGCUGGCUUUAGGCACAGCUUUGGGAGGCUGAAGGUGAGGAGCCAGGUGCUGGGAAGGUGAGCAGAGACCAGGUGUUAGGGACAGGUGAGCACAUGUCAAGGAAUAUAGAUUAUUUUGCAGGCAGCAGGGAAUCCCUAGGAAUGAUUUUGAAAUGGGAAAAAUAAGGUCAUUGGAGUUGUGCUUGAAAAAGAAUGUUCUGGCUGCACAGAGUGUGGACAGCUGGUCUGUUGAACCAGCCAUAGAAAGUUGCAGUAACCAAGGCUGGAAUGAGGGACGGGGCCGAUGUAAUGACAAACCCACCCCAAGGGUUGAAUCAGCAGGACCUGGAGGCCUAGUUGGGGAGAAGAACAAAUGAGAAAGUCAAGUCUUACCUCUAGGCUGAGAAAGGAGUCUCGUGAGAAAAAAAAAAAAAAAACAGCCUCGAGGGAAAGAUGAGUUUGCUGUUGUUAACAUGACAGCCAGCUUCUCCCCCAGCCAACAGGGUGCAUCCUUCCAAGGUCCAGCCAGGCCUAGAUGUGUGGAAAGAAAACCAACCCCAGGCCAAUCCGACAUUGGCCUUAGAACAUAGGAUUUUCUUGCCAAGCACAUUCUCAACAGCCACCUGCUUCGGACUUCCAAAAGGAGGUCAGGUUUUGCCCUAAGUCCAAAACAAGUGAGAUUUUUAUGACCCAGAUCACGGGCAAACAGUCCCUGUACCAGGAUGGGCAAGCCAGAUGUCUGGGCCCGUUCACCCCUAGAGCACUGGCCAUUCAUGCCAUUGGGAAAACUAUGGGGUUAAGAUUUUGUGUGAAGCCAACCAUUAAUUUAUACAUUUGCAUCUCCACUGCCCUGACCUCCACCAUGUCGCCAUGUGCACCUUCUCCACAAAGCCUUCUGUCCGAAUUGACAAGUUAAUCUGAGACUGCCUGCAGGUGACAAGGAGAAAGAAAUAUUCAUCAGAGCGUCCUAUAUGACUUAUCCAUACUCCUUGAUGUCCCCCAACCCUUGUAAAGUUUCCUGCAUCCAAAUGUCCUGUUUGGCUCAAGAAUUAAAGGCCAGGGUCUGGGAUGGAGGAAGACAGAUCUGAGAAUCCCUGCCCCCCCAGAAUUCAACACAGAUGGUCCCCAUGAACCUGACUCUGCCUGGUCUCUCUUUCUACCAUAUGUACCCUGUCCUCAACCCACUGCCAGUCCCUACCUGGUGGCAAAAGCUGCCUCUCCCCUAACACUGACGAGUCUCCGACCUGCGUGAGGACCUAGGUAAACUCUUACCCCUGGAACAUGGGUCUUGAGUCUUUAUUAACUACUUGUCAGAGCCACGUGCAAUCUUGCAAGGGAGGAGGUCUGGGGUAAAUACGCCGUAGUUUGUUUUGUCCUGGAAGAUCUGAACAGUUCUGAACAAGCAAGGAUGUCCAUCUGGUCCAAGACAGAGACCAUUCUUAACGAGGUGGCCCUGGCAGGCAGGAGCAAAUCUGCCUUAAGAUGCUGCUUUCCAUAGUCUUCUAGAAAAUGAUGCCAGGACAUCCAAAUGCUCAGACUUGACUCUGGUCCACGGUCAGCCAACCUCAGCACUAUUGGCUUGUGGGGCUGGAGAAUUCUUUGUGGUGGAGGCUGUCCCGGUCAUCGUAUGCAGAAUGUGGAGUGGCAUUCCUGGCGGCCAGUAGCAGUCCCUCUCCACCCUACCCCCACCAAAUGUGACAACCAAAUAUGUCUUCUUUGGACAUUGCCAGAUGUCCCAUGGGGGCAAAAGAAUCUCUCCUGGCUGCCCCAGGCCCUCCAAUCAUGUACCUUCUGGAGUCAGCAAUGUGGCCGUCAGCUGAUGGCUUUGUUUCCGUUAUUGGACACUUGAGAAGGAUUUUGGGGCGGGGGAUGAUGAGAAAGUGGUUUCACAAAUUCCCUCCCAAGACAGAAAGGAUGACGGUUCCAUUUUGGUAAGAUGCUGUGCCCUUGGCAUCGUUCUGAUUACAACCCACGGAGGCCCAAUGCUAUGCACCCCGCCUCCACCCUGUUUUCCUUGUGUCGUGCUGUCUUGUGAUCGUAGGACCCACUCCGGGCUCAGCGGUGGCUUCCUGGAAGGCAGAGAGAGAGAGAGAACGCAGUUGGGCAUCCCCUCCUUGCUGUACCAGUGGGUUUCCAUUCGGGGUUGAGGAGCUGGGGAGGUGGGCAGAGCAGGUGUCGCAUGUCAGCACACACACACGCUGUCAGAAACUCGGACGUCCCCCUACCUCUGAGCUCUCGAUGCUGCUAAUGUCCGCCCAGUGUCCUGUGCGCUCCGGCACCUUCCUCCAAGGACCGACGCCCGCCCCACGCUCCUCGCAAGGUUGUCCAAGCUGUGUUCACCGCAUGCUCUCGUUCUGCAUUGUCCUCAUCUUCUAACUUGAUGGAAUUCAACAAAAGUCUACUUAUGCCUGUUUGCAUUAUGGUUAAAAUAUUAAAAA